AUGGUGGUGGUGCGGGGAGGGGGUGUGUGUGAGGUGGUGGGCGCUAUAAUUUUAAUUUCACCGACGGACACGCUGAGGCCAAGGAAGGUUCAAUCGUGUGGCCAAGGUCACGCAGCCGGGAGUCGGCCGGGGUGCGAGUCCGUGGUCCCUGUGAGGUGGCCCCUGCCUGGGCUCGGGGUGGGGUGGGGUCUGCGGCCCCUUUCAGGAAGGGGCCUGGCCGGGGGUCCCCUGGGGCGGGCGUCCGGCCCCCUCCUUCCGGCGCCCAGCAGGGUUCAAAGGAGGGGCUGGGAAGCUGGGAGGGGGACCCCUGCCCCCGCCAGCCCCCCUCUGGCCCGGCCAGAUGCCCUGGGGGCCUGCAGACAAGGGCCGGAGAAUGGGGCGGCCAUAAACAGUGUCCGGGCUGUAAACCAGCCUGGCGGAGGCUGGAAUGUGGACGGAUCCGGGAAGGAUUUUCCGGCGGGUCUGGAGCCUGAUAGCAUCUUUGGGGCCCUGGGGUCAAAGGGGAGCCCGCCCCCUCCCUUCCCGCCUCCCCGCCAUCCUGUCGUGCUCUCCGCCUCCUCUCCUUCUUCUAGAGCCUUCGGCCCUGUUCCGGAUGCGUGUCCGUGUGUCCCGGCCUCGGCUCCCAGGGCCGCCGCAGGCUGGGGGGCGGCAGGACCUGUCUGCCUCGCUCCCCGCAACCCGGGACCGGGGGGGGGGGGCCCCGCGCCUGCACCGUCGCCGAGGGGCGGCGAGGCGGGACAGUGCCCGGCGCUUAGUGCCCUCGGCUUCUGCGGCUCUAAGCGCUGUCCGUGUGUCUGCCGCUGGCCGCUUCUCUCCCCUGCACAGGGCCCAGCCGCGGCUGCCUGCUUCCCCCGCGUCCUCGCGGGGCCCGGAAGGAAGCCGCCGGGUGCGGGGCGUCCGAGGCGGGCGGGACAUCCCCCCGCCCUCCAGGCCGGCGGCCAUCCCGCCUGCGACCAGCAGGGGGCAGCAGACGCCCGGCCUGGGAGACGCGGGGAGGGCGUGCCCGGGCUCACCUGGCCCUGGCGCCUGCGGGAGAGCAGAGCUGCUGUGUGUGGCGAGGCCAGGAGCAAAGCUGUGUGUUCUAGAAUGCACCAGAGGACCAGCGCUCUGGCAUAGUGGGUAAAGUCGCAGCCUGAAGGCUAGCAUCCCAUAUGGAAGUCGAUUCAAGUCCCGGCUGCUCCACUUCCACUCCAGCUCUAUGCUGUGGCCUGGGAAAGCAGUAGAAGAUGGCCACGUCCUUGAGCCCCUGCACCACUGUGGGAGACCCGGAGGAAGCUCCUGGCUCCUGGCUUCGGAUCAGCUCAGCUCUGCCCAUUGUGGCCAUCUAGGGAGUGAACCAGUGGAUGGAAGACCUCUCUCUCUCUUUCUCUGCCUCUGCCUCUCUGUAACUCUGCCUUCAAAUAAAUAAAUAAAUCUUUAAAUAAAAUGCACCAGACUC